CGGUUCUGGCGAGGCUCAUCAGCUGGGUUGAAGCGCACAGCUGGGUGGGCUAAGAGGUGGCGGCGGUCUGGGAGCCGGGGAAGUUUGGGCCACCGCUCGCAGUGCUGCGCUUCGAAGCCAGGCUCAAGCCCGGAGAACGAGGGGGCGGCGGACCGACUUACGGACGCCCUCGGGCCCGCUGCCACCGUCUCGCGUCCUCUUCCCUGGAAAAGUGUUUAAACUUUAAAAAUGUCAUCCAUCAAGCACCUAGUUUAUGCAGUUAUUCGUUUCUUACGGGAACAAAGUCAGAUGGAUGCUUAUACUUCAGAUGAGCAAGAAAGUUUGGAAGUUGCAAUUCAGUGCUUGGAGACAGUUUUUAAAAUCAGCGCAGAAGAUACACAUCUAGCAGUUUCACAGCCUUUGACAGAAAUGUUCACAAAUUCCUUCUGUAAGAAUGACAUUCUGCCUCUCUCAAACUCAGUGCCUGAAGAUGUGGGAAAAGCUGACCAAUUAAAAGAUGAAGGCAAUAACCACAUGAAAGAAGAAAAUUAUGCUGCUGCAGUGGAUUGUUACACACAGGCGAUAGAAUUGGAUCCAAAUAAUGCAGUUUAUUAUUGUAACAGGGCUGCUGCUCAGAGUAAAUUAGGUCACUACACAGAUGCAGUAAAGGAUUGUGAAAGAGCAAUAGCGAUUGAUUCAAAGUACAGCAAGGCCUAUGGGAGAAUGGGGCUGGCCCUCACUGCCAUGAAUAAAUUUGAAGAAGCAGUUACAAGUUAUCAGAAGGCAUUAGAUCUUGAUCCUGAAAAUGAUUCCUAUAAGUCAAAUCUGAAAAUAGCAGAACAGAAGUUAAGAGAGGUAUCUAGUCCUACAGGAACUGGAUUGAGUUUUGACAUGGCCAGCUUAAUAAAUAAUCCAGCCUUCAUUAGUAUGGCAGCAAGUUUAAUGCAGAAUCCUCAAGUUCAACAGCUAAUGUCAGGAAUGAUGACAAAUGCUAUUGGGGGACCUGCUGCUGGAGUUGGGGGCCUAACUGACCUGUCUAGCCUCAUCCAAGCGGGACAGCAGUUUGCUCAGCAGAUACAGCAGCAGAAUCCUGAACUUAUAGAGCAACUUAGAAAUCACAUCCGGAGCAGGUCAUUCAGCAGCAGUACUGAAGAACAUUCCUGACUUGACCAGGGGCCCUAGCCCAGAAUGCAAAUGGCGAUGGCUCUGAAGUGUCUGCUGUAGAUAGUGGCCAAAACAAAAACAAACCUAAAAAAUAAAUCUGUCUAGACAAUAGGUUUAUCACAAACAGACUUGAAUAUAACAUGAUUCCUUUGUAAACGAGUGAUCAUCAGUAGCCUUGUUAAGUGCCAGUAUAGCACUUAACUGGGCAGGGUUCCAUUUUCAUAUCUUCAUCAUAUUUGUAUACUAGAUUUAAUAGCAGAGUAUAUUUAUUGAACAGUAAGGCUGUUUACUGGUGAAUUCUCUAGCACCAAAUUCCUGUAGGCAAACUUUUUGAAAGGGGAGAUGACUAAGAGGAAAGGUUUCUCACGCUGAUUUAGGGGAAAUAUACUUGCCACUGAGCAGCAUCUCUAGAGAGAAGAAAUUCGAUACUGGGUUUAGCUUUGAUAGUGCAAUCAGUAAUGAAUAGAUGAUAUAUGGACCAGUACUAUCUUUAAUGCUGCUUGUUCUGUUGGGUGAUGAAAUCUUAAGAGUUGGUGGAAAGCAGUAUUCAGUGUUGUUUAGAAAAGCAAAAAAUAGAUGCUGUGAAUGUAUAGAAAGUGAAUGUAGGGUGCUCAGGUUUUUUGCAUAGUUCUUAACUAAUCUUGCCUGCAGUUUGGUAUUGAUAACAUUAGCAUGGCCACUUACGCUAAGUACGUAAUAAAAUACAUUUAGAAACCCUUAAUGAUACUGGUUAGGUCAGUUGUGUAACUGUUCAGUUUAAUUAGCACAAUUUCCCCAGUGGUGACCUUACCAUGGAAACUCUCAAAUAUAUCUACAUUUAAAUAAACUAAUGGCUUGGCCCUUAAGUUAAGGAUUUUCUAGGUGGCAUUUAAUUAUGUGCCUGUAAACACUGAUUUUUUAAAACUCAGUAAUUAUUUGAUGGGUUACAAAAAGCAUCUAUUACUAUCACUGCUUGUUCAUGUUAAUCCUCUGCUAUAAUUUGGCUUGGCAUGUCGCUUUUAUGCUUAACCUUAAUUUGAUGUAGCUUAAACGUAACAGGGGACUUGAAAUAUUUUAUUGAAAUUAGAAUACAUAUUAGUGGAGAGACGUGGCACUAAGUAUUAGUGGAAUGGCUUUAACUAUAGUGAUGGAUGCGACUGUUCUAAUUCCAACUGGAAUUUCUUUGGUUUGUUAUUAUGAAAUUGGUAAGGUUGGCGGACACAUAAAUUUCACAAGUGUUGUGAGAUAAAACUGAAAUAGAAAGUAAUAUAAAAUUAAAUCAGUAAUACCGAUGAUGAUCAGGGCUUUACUAUAACUGUUUUCCUCAAAAGGCUAAUUACUUGGUAUUUUGAAGUUUAAAAGCCAACUUUCCCUUUUUUCCCUUUGUGAGAUUAGAACAGUGGUUCUAUAAUUUCACUGUAAGAGUCACCUGGGGAUUUGUUAAAAAUGCAGAUUCAGGGGCACACUUUUCAGUUUUUAUGUAGUAGGUCCUGUAAUAAGGUCUGGGAAUCACCAUUUCAAAUAGCACACCAAGUGGUUCUGAUGUAGGUCCAAAGGACUCUUAAUUUAAAGCAACACUAGGUUAGAGAUUUCUUUUAGGCCAGCAAAACACCUAACUGCCUGGGUUCAGGCUACAAGGAAGAGCUACAUGAACCUACAGUUCUGGUCAGAGCAGAGCGGGACUUAAAUCUAAGCUAAGCCUUCUGAAUUAAGUCUCCUAUAUUGCAUCUAAAUCAACUUAAUUUUUCAUGAAGUUAAAUUCAGAUCCUGGUGUUCAAAUGUUACACAGAAUAAAGUACUAACUAAUCAUAGGAAAGUGAUGACUGUGAUAAAAAAAAAAAGAGUUGAUCCUUAAUUAAAAGUUAAUCACUCUUGGGAAUUCCCUGGCGGUCCAGUGGUUAAGGCUCAGCGCUUUCACUGCUGAGGACCCAGGUUCAAAUCCCUGGUCAGGGUACUAAGAUCCCACAAGCUGCGCGGCACGGCCAAAAAAACCCAAAAAACACUCUUAUCGAGUGUUGAGUAAGAAAAGGUGCCUAGCAUAACUAUCUUGAGUGCAUUAAAAAUGCUUUCAGAUAAGUAAAAUUGGUAAGCCUCUAACUGACUAGGAAAAUAGAGAAAAUAUGAAUCAACAGUAUCAGAAGUGAAAGAGGGGAUAUCACUGCUGACCCUGUAGAUAUUUAAAAGAUUAUUAGAAAAUACUAUGACCAACUCUACACCCAUGUAUUUAACAACUUAGAUGAAACAAAUUCCUUGUAAGAUGCAAACUACCAAAGCUCACUGAAGAAAUAAAGAUAUCCUCCAGAAAAGAAAGAUACAGGCCCAGUUUCAAUGGUGAAUUCUACCAAACACUUAAUACCAAUUCUACACAAUCUCUUCCAGAAAACAGAAGAGGAAACACUUCCCAACUCAUUUUAUUUCACCAUUACUUUGAUACCAAAAUUGAAGACAUUAUAAGAAAAAACAGUUUAAAACAAAUGUUUUGAUUUACUAAUAUCUGUAGUUAAGGUAGCCAUUCUUUUUACAUGCAGUAAUGCGAAUUGGUGUAUUUCUUCCAUUUCAUCCUUCUAGUUUGUUUCUUUUCUAAUAUACCAUCCAUAACAAAUUAAACCUAGAUAAUCUGUCCACUUACCUGGAUUUCCAUUCUAUUCAAGCCAUUUUUGCUUUUUAAGUACUUUCAUCACUUUGGAAUUACUGCAUUGCACGCUAUUGCAAGAAGGUUUUGUGUAGCUGUAUUGUGUUAGCUACUCUUAAAAUGAUAAACAAUGCUCCAAAAGUUAUUUUGCUUGUCUGAAACAAGAGGGCAUUAAAGUAA